AUGGUACUCAGUUUGAGGUCAAAGAAAAAAAGGAGUGCUUCGGUUCAAAUUGAUUACCUUGUCAAUGUAGUGGAGAUUAAGCCUUGGCCCCCAUCCCAGUCUUUGAGAUCGGUUCAGUCCCUAUUGCUUCAGUGGCAAAAUGAUAAAAAGGCCCGCGAUAGAUUUGAGAAGAAUUGCUUGGAGUUCUCAUUGUAUGAGCCUCGUAAAGAAAAAGCCCCUAAAGAGCAAUUGUUAGGGACAGCUAUAAUAAAUCUAUUAGAUUUUGGAAUAAUCGAAGAAGUUUUGCCCAUUAUUGCUCCACUGAACUUGAAGAAGACUUACAAAAGCUCACCGCAGCCAGAUCUUUAUUUUCAAGUAGAGCCCCUAGAUAAGGGCAGUUCGAAGUCCUCACUCAAUGUGAGACCCUCGAGAACAUCAUUAGAUCAGGAUGGCCAAGAAUCCCAUGCUGAAUUCAAUGGUGACGACUCUGAGAUAGCUUCUUUCACCGAUGAUGAUGUUUCAUCUCAUUCGUCUCAGACAGUUGCCUCUUCUGUGUUUGAUGUUGCAAGGGCUUCACCAUCUCAGACUGAUAAGAAUGGAUUGAAGGCAGUCAAUGAAAUUACAGGAAUGGAUAAUCAACGCUCAAAUGGAAGAUUGCCACAAUCUUUGUCCAUUAACUUAUCAUUAAAUACAGGACACCCAGGAAACAGCCAUACCUUGAAGUCCAAAGUCCCUGGGAGAAGCAAGACAUCAUUGCAGAAGAAUUCGUAUAACCCUUCAACUGAAUCUUCUUCCUCAUUUGAUGCCUAUCACAAUAUGUAUGGGGGAUCUAGCAACUACAUAGAGUGCCUUGAGCAGGAAACUAGCAUAGAUGUUGCUCAGUUGGAAGUGAAUGGGGAGAAGGAAGAAAAAAAUUUUGGACAGGAUGAACAGUUCCCAACUGAAAAGAGAUCGUUUUCAGACUACAAGUCAGUCGACAAAUUACCACAUAAUGGUUUCAGAAGGCUGGAUACAAUUGGGGGUGUUACCUCCACUAGGCAAGCACUUGGGGUCCAGAUUUCAAAUGGUCGACUAAAGCGUGUCAAGUCGCAGUUAUACUACUCAGAUGGAAAAAGUGAAUAUUUUGGAAAAAGCCACGACACAGAAAGGGCAACAAAUGUACACAAGCCUAAGAAUGCUGAUAAUAGUGCUAAAACUAUUCAAGAAACAGAGAACAGAGAAUCUGUAGAUAGAAGUUCCAAUGCUUAUGGUCAAAAGUUGCAGAAAAUCAAAUGA